GAAACACACCACGUCCGGUCCACGGCAGGAUGUUGAGGACCAAAGAGGCUAUAUAUUUGCAGAUUAUACUUUUUGCUAACUAGUUCGGUUUCGGCUCCAGUCUGACACGUCUCCGUUGAAAAUGAAGUGCUUCGUUGCGAUUUGCGUGCUGGCGUUGGCCGCGUCAGCUCAAUCAAAUGGUCUGGGUGAUCUAGUGUACGCGCCAGGCCAUGCCUCCCCUGAUUACUAUACGUAUCCUAAGUAUGCGUUCGACUACGCAGUCAAGGACCCCCACACUGGAGACAACAAGGCGCAAUGGGAGAAGAGGGACGGAGACAUGGUUAAAGGAGCAUACUCCCUAGUGGAGCCGGACGGCAGCCUGCGCGUGGUGGAGUACUGGGCCGACGACAAGCACGGCUUCAACGCCAACGUCAAGCGCAUCGGGCCCAGCAUCCACCCUGAGGGCCCCAAGAUAGUCCCCAUAUACAAGGCUCCCAUCCCCACCCUGGCACACGAGUCCUACGGCCAUGCCCCCUACUCCAUCGGUCCCAUCGCCGGUAUUGAGAAGCUGGAACACGCCCCCUACAUCCACGGACCCUACCACGGCGCCGUCUCCACCGCCUCCCUCGUCAAGGAAGAGAUCCCCAUCAUCAAGCACGUCCCCAUCAUCAAACCCAUCUACCGGGAACCCAUCAUCAAACCGAUCUACACUGAGCCCCUCCUCAAACCGUACUACAGGGAACCCCUUAUCAAGGCACCCAUCUACAGAGAACCCCUUAUCAAGGCACCUAUCUAUGAGCAAUACCCCAUUUACAAGGCACCCCUCCUGAUCAAGCCCUGGGAGAACCUCAUCAAGGCCCCCUACCAGAACAUCGGCAUCGCGCGCCUGCCGCUCGACAUCGGCGAGCACGGCCUCAAGUACCCCUACGAAGGAGACCACGGGUACUACAACAAGUAUCACUAGAGCAGUACUGCUGACCUAAUAAAUGAUCUGUGGUAUUUAGACGAUAAGGCUUGUAAAUAAGUGAAAAAAGUCUGCGCCCCUGAAAACGAAAUUUUAACCCUCGACAGUAAAUAAAAACGAUGAGUACCUUAAAUAUGCUAAUCCUGUAAGAUAUUUAAUAUUUAUAACGAUAAACAUUAAGUUAGACACGCAUUAUACGAGCAAACUAAUAAAGCAGAGCCACUGUGUGGUAAUGAA